AUGGAAGCUAUGUUGGGUUCUCGUAUUUAUGCAGAGGUUGAUCCUUAUUGUCAGUGGGUUCUAGGGAAGGAAUUCGACACCCUUCUUGUCGAUGUCUCGGGGUUUAAGAAAGAAGAAUUAAAGGCCCAAGUUGACACAUUAGGGAACCUAAAGAUCCAUGGAGAACGCCAGAUCGAGGGCAAUCAAUGGUGUCGCUUCCUGAAGAGCUUCCAACUCCCAAAAGAUUGCAAUGCAAGGAUGAUCAAAAUCAAUUUAGAUGAAGGAAUUCUUUACGUGGUAGUGCCAAAGCCAAUGGCCAAGAACCAUUUGCCACAACAUAGCAAUGGGCAUGCACACAACGAUGGAGGUGUCAAUGAGACAAGAGAGAACUCCUUAGCAGAAGGUGCAGCUAACAACAAUGUUCAUGUGCCUGAAACUUCUAAGCAGGGAAUGGAGAAUGUUGCAAAGGGAUUGAACAAGUAUAGGCAAUUCAUAACAAAUGCUGUUGUGGCCAUCAUUGUUGUUGUAGGGCUUGGGAUAUACAUAGGAUAUAAACUAAGCUGCCAUAAAAAAGGCACAUAAUGAAUGUAGUCUAUAAGAAGAUGCUGCAUGAAUUGAAAAUAAUAUUGCUAUAACUAUUGUUAUAGGAACUGUUGCUACUAUCAUCCGACUUGGCAUGGGAGCU